AUGUCGAAUGCGGCGCUUAAUCCUCCCUCGGUGGUCGUGAACACCGCCAGCAACAGACAACAAGUACCGUUGAGGGACUACCUAAAUGCGCGAAUCGCGCCGUUCUUAAAGAAGGCCAUUACGGAGAGCUUGAACGCUGAAGCAGAAUUCCCCCUCCAGUGGCUGGGAGAAUGCCUCAUCCACCAGUCCAUACUAUACGAAGGGAACACGGACAGGACAAAUAUUCGCGAACGAUUUCUGUACAAGUUCGAAGAUCCCAAACCACAAGAGCCGGCAGACACGUCAGCCGACGCACCAGCACCAGCACCAGCAUCAGCACCAGCAUCAGCGCCAGUACCUGAACCCACACCAGCGCCUGAAUCCGUACCUGCGCCAGCACCUUCAUCUCCGCGUCGAUCACCAUCGGCGCAACCAGAGCCCACGUCCAUCCCGUCACAAGAGCCUCCCCGCAUACAACCCGAGAUUACCAUGAAUGAAGCCAUCGACGCUAGUGCAGAACAGCAGCAGCCUCCCCAGCCAACUGCAGAGGAUGCUGUGCCGCAAGCCGCACCGGUAACAGAAGAGCCUGCUGUCAACGGAGUCAAGGACGAGGGAGAGGCAAGAGAGGGAGAAGCAGCCAGAAAUGUCGAUGUCGACACUGAGAUGGGAGGCACAUCGUGA